GGUCCGGUCCGGUCCGGUCCGGCCCCAAGCCCUGCCCCAGCCUUACCCGGCCCUGCCCGGCCCCAGUCCCAGCCUCAACCCCAAGCCUUACCGUACCUAGCCUGAGCCUUGCCCGGCCCCAAACCCUAAGCCUGAGCCUUGCCCGGCGCUACAUUGUAACCCCUGUGCCCGGCGCUACAUUGUAUCCACCCCCUCCCUCCCUCCCUACCCCGGGCCGCCACAUUGUAGCGAGUGAGUGAGCGAGCGCCAAGUUGUCACACAGUUGCCGGGCUCCCAGCGCUACAAUGUUGCCCAGCGUGGCGACGGGCCGGGAGCUGCAGCAAGCCGGAGCGCAGACCAAGAAGAACUCCAUCACCGACGACUACAAGGUCACGGCGCAGGUCCUGGGGCUCGGCAUCAACGGGAAAGUUUUGGAAUGUUACAGCAAGAAAACUGGCGAGAAAUACGCGCUGAAGAUGCUGCAGGACUGCCCCAAGGCGCGCCGCGAGGUGGAUCUACACUGGCGAGCGUCGGGCUGCAACCACAUUGUCCGCAUUGUUGACGUCUACGAGAACCUCUACCAGCACCGCAAGUGUCUGCUCAUCGUCAUGGAGUGCAUGGAGGGCGGAGAGCUCUUCAGCCGGAUACAGGACCGAGGUGACCAGGCCUUCACCGAGCGAGAGGCGUCAGAGAUCAUGAAGAGCAUCGGCGAGGCGGUGCAACACCUGCAUUCUGUGAACAUCGCACACCGGGACCGUAAACCGGAGAAUUUGCUGUACACGUCCAAACGGCCCAACGCCACCCUGAAACUCACAGACUUCGGCUUUGCCAAAGAAACCACCAGUUUUAACUCGCUGGCCACGCCCUGCUACACCCCGUAUUACGUGGCUCCAGAGGUCCUGGGGCCGGAGAAAUAUGACAAGUCGUGUGACAUGUGGUCGCUGGGGGUGAUUAUGUACAUCCUGUUGUGUGGAUAUCCCCCAUUCUACUCCAACCACGGCCUGGCCAUUUCCCCGGGAAUGAAGCGGCGAAUCCGAAUGGGACAGUAUGAAUUCCCAAACCCGGAAUGGAUGGAGGUGUCGGAGGAAGCCAAGCAGUUGAUUCGCCACCUCCUGAAGACGGAGCCAACUCAGCGAAUGACAAUCAUGGAAUUCAUGAACCACCCGUGGAUUAACCAGUCGAUGCAAGUUCCACAGACGCCUCUACACACCAGCAGAGUCCUAAAGGAAGAGAAGGAUUUGUGGGAAGAAGUGAAGGAGGAGAUGACCAGUGCCUUGGCCACCAUGAGAGUCGACUACGAACAAAUUAAAAUAAAAAAAAUAGAGGAGUCUUGCAACCCGCUGCUGAUCAAACGGAGGAAGAAGGGAUUGACAGCACCAACAGCAGCGGGACACUGAGACCCAGCCCCACACACAUGCACAUGUACACACACGUACACACAGACUCACACGCGCGCACACACACACACACACA